AUGACUGCGGACUUAACAAUGACAACUUCCAGAAAACAAAGCAGCAUCCCAGGUUCAUUUCACCUCAGGUUUACAGAGUUCAUCCCGGCGGAGAGUGAUGAGACAUUCCAGUACGAAGAGGUUAUUGAGGAGGACAGCAGUUUGCCGGAGGAGGAGGAGGACCUGGAGGCCACCGUACUGGCCGUCAAACAACGCUCAGAUGUCAUCCAACCAGCUGCCCCUCAACCAGCUAGAAAUACAAAUACAAGAGCCGGCGUGUGCCCUCCGCCAGAAGCAUUGGAAGAUUAUCUACGCAACUUUCUCCUGAAGAUGGGUAUGACCAAGACGCUUGACUGUUUCCAGACUGAGUGGAACGAGAUGUUGCAGAAGGGCCUGCUCAAUACUGAGCUGGUUGGCGUGGUGGCAGAUGUGUACAUCCAGAACCACCGUCUGGAUAGUGAGCUGACGAGCGUGCACAGGGAGAGGGACGAGUACAGGUCAAUGGCCUCGGCCACCGCCGAGACGCUCACAGGCCUGCAGAAAGCCCGGGACUUCCACCGCAUACACCACAAGCGGGUCCUUCAGGAGAAGAACAGACUGAUCGAAGACAUGAAGAAGCUGAAGGCUCAAUGUGGCAGGUAUGAGCCAGCGGUGAGGCAGAUUAGUGAGCGGUACCAGAGCGUGUUCAGACAGAAGAUGCUGGUGAGCUUGGAGAGGGACAAGGCGCUAGCGCAGGUGCAGCGCCUCCAAGCGACGCUCCAUAACAUGGAGCCAUCCGAAGGGGGACAAAGCCUCAAUCAGGACGCCAGGCAGGCCAGGUGUAAGACAAAAAACCCUUCUAAGAAAACACCCGAGCCAUCCGGCUCCGUUAAACACGUCGCCGGGGAUUCAAAGUUCCCCGUAGGCAGGGGUGGGAACAACUCGGCGCUGAGCAUGAAGGGGCGGACCAUGGACUCUGAUGCUCCAAACAAGGCCAAAGCUGACGGUUUUCAGCUAAGAAGCACAAUCAAGGCACACAGCCGUCCAAUAAGCUGCCUCGCACACCACCCUUCCAAGUGCGCGGUGGCGUCCUCUAGCGACGACCGCAUGUGGAAGCUGUGGGGGUUGCCAGCCGGAGACCUGGGGGCCAGCGGCGAGGGCCACACCGACUGGCUGUCGGGGGUUGGCUUCCACCCAGAUGAGACCAAACUGGGGACCACCGGCGGGGACGGCAGCGUCCGUAUCUGGGACCUGGGCAGGGGCCAGCUGGUGCUCAGCCUGAGGGGCCACUCCGCAGCAACCUGGCGCUGCUCCUUCCACUCCUGUGGGGACUUUGUGGCGUCCUGCUCGAUGGACACGACCAUCAAGGUGUGGGACCUCCAGAGCGAGCGGUGCCGCUCCACCCUGCGCGGCCACCGCGGCUCCGUCAACAGCGUGGACUUCCUGGGCUCCAGCGGCCUGCUGUCGGCCUCCGCCGAUAAGACCCUCCGCCUGUGGGACGCCCGGACCGCGCUGUGCUGCCAGACCGUCAGGGGCCACAGCAGCCCCCUCAAUGCCGCCGCCGCCAGCCCCUGCUGCUCCUCCCCCCCCUCCUCCCCCUGCUCCCCCUGCUGCUCCUACCCCCCCUCCUCCUCCUGCUCCAUCGCCUCCUGCGACUCCUCCGGCGUCGUCAUGCUGUGGGACUUGCGGAACCUAGCGGCGCCCUCCGUCGUCGUGGAGACGGGGCCCAGGCCUAGCAACCAGGUGGCUUUUGACCCCUGGGGGAGGAUGCUGGCGGUAGCGGGGGAGGACGGCUCGGCGCGGGUGGUCGAUCUGUCCACCAAUCAGGUGGCUGGGGUUCUUCACCAUGACGACGCGGUGCAGAGCGUCACGUUUGACCCCACGGGGGCGUACCUGCUGUCAGGAGCCUCUGAUGGGAAGAUUUAUGUCUGGUCCUGAUGUCUCGCAUGAGCAGAGCUUCAGACCGCUGAGUGUAUGACAUGUUGUCUUUGCCUGAGCGUUGCAAUAAAACACAUAGACCAAAA